GUUUGUACACGGAAGUAGAAAGGGGACUUGUCAAACCCUCCAACCUGUCGCGUUGCAUUUGUCAACGCGGAUUUUGUCGUUAACCCCGCAGGAGAGACUCAGUAGAUUUGGUUUGUGUUUUCAUUGUUGUGUGGACACGAUGAGGGCGGCUUUCCUACUACUCACGGUGUUUCUGUACUGCUUCGUGGUCAGAGGGGCUCCAACACAAAAACCUCAGGAGCUUUUAGAUCAUAGUGAAGCUGGGAAGAACCAAAAGAUGGCUGUUAUUAAUGGUGUGAAAAAUGGACCACCAGAGACAACUCAUGAAAAGUCAACAGGAAAAGCAAACGAUGGAAUGCCACAUGGAGACAAGGGCAAUGAGGAAAAGUCAGCUGGAGACAAGGGCAAUGAGGAAAAGUCAGCUGGAGACAAGGGCAAUGAGGAAAAGUCAGCUGGAGACAAGGGCAAUGAGGAAAAGUCAGCUGGAGACAAGGGCAAUGAGGAAAAGUCAGCUGGAGACAAGGGCAAGGAGGAAAAGUCAGCUGGAGACAAGGGCAAGGAGGAAAAGUCAGCUGGAGACAAGGGCAAGGAGGAAAAGUCAGCUGGAGACAAGGGCAAGGAGGAAAAGUCAGCUGGAGACAAGGGCAAGGAGGAAAAGUCAGCUGGAGACAAGGGCAAGGAGGAAAAGUCAGCUGGAGACAAGGGCAAGGAGGAAAAGUCAGCUGGAGACAAGGGCAAGGAGGAAAAGUCAGCUGGAGACAAGGGCAAGGAGGAAAAGUCAGCUGGAGACAAGGGCAAGGAGGAAAAGUCAGCUGGAGACAAGGGCAAGGAGGAAAAGUCAGCUGGAGACAAGGGCAAGGAGGAAAAGUCAGCUGGAGACAAGGGCAAGGAGGAAAAGUCAGCUGGAGACAAGGGCAAGGAGGAAAAGUCAGCUGGAGACACGGGCAAGGAGGAAAAGUCAGCUGGAGACAACGGCAAGGAGGAAAAGUCAGCUGGAGACAACGGCAAGGAGGAAAAGUCAGCUGGAGACACGGGCAAGGAGGAAAAGUCAGCUGGAGACAAGGGCAAGGAGGAAAAGUCAGCUGGAGACAAGGGCAAGGAGGAAAAGUCAGCUGGAGACACGGGCAAGGAGGAAAAGUCAGCUGGAGACACGGGCAAGGAGGAAAAGUCAGCUGGAGACACGGGCAAGGAGGAAAAGUCAGCUGGAGACACGGGCAAGGAGGAAAAGUCAGAGGACGACGAUGGCAGAAAAAGAGAAACAGGAGUGAAAAAUCAGUACGACCCAUCUGGUAUAAAGGAUGAGGCAGAAAGCAGUCAUUUCUUUGCCUACCUUGUCACUACAGCUGUGAUGGUGGCAGUGCUUUACAUUGCUUACCACAACAAGCGCAAGAUAAUUGCAUUUGCUUUGGAAGGAAAGAGAUCCAGAUCCAUACGUCGACCUAAGACCACAGAAUACCAGAAGCUGGAACAGCAUAUGUGAAGUCUUUAUCUCGAAGGCAUUGCCUCAAGCAGCUGAAUACACUGGGGGUUGUGAGAUAUGGGCGAAUGGAUACUGAAGUUUCCCGAAGUACUCUGCAUUGUUUUCAACUUGUGUUAAAUUGAUGUUAUUCUAUUUUGUACCUUUUAGAUGCUUAAUGUAUGACUAUGCAGAUGACAUUGUUGCCUUAUUGAGGGAAUUAGUGAAAGGCAGUGAGGGUAAAAUAAGCAUGCUGUUUUUGCACUUGUGUUGUUAUUCCACUUUUAAAGCAAUCUUUUAAUUUGACCUCACUAAGGUCCUGACUCAGGAUAUUUCAGUAGCAAAAGACAAUAUUAGCUGUUUGGAUCCAGACUUGUUUGUACAGUAAGUUAGUGAUCGCACUAUGUACCUAAAUUAAGCCAUCUGAAUCUUUGUAAAAUAUUGACAGUGUACAAUUUCUUUAAGGUGUUUUAAAUGUUAAAGAAAAUUUAAAACUGAGUCUAUUUAGAUGUACAAAAGUAUCAGAAUAUGAUUUUUGCUUGUGUUCACAGCCAUAUGGCGUUUGCCAGAUGAAUGUAAUAGCAACCGUUAUUUUCUAAAUAAGACAGUGCAGACUAGUACAGUGCUUGCCCACUUUAACUUCUUAAAGGCUGAGACCUAGAGAGGCUGAACAGAUUAAAUCGUUUAACAUUUUAGAAAAUGAUUGAAUAAUAUAAAUAAUUUCAUUCGGCCCAAAUUAAAUGAUUGGCUGGCAUACCUGCCUGUCAACUUAAGCUCACUCUGCCCCUGCACUCAUGUUUAAUUCAUACUAAACAUUUUUUUAAAGUGUAAAAAUAUCAUGUUGUGGUGUUACAGAAGCUAUGCAUUGGACUAUUACAGGAGGCAGGAGCAUUUGUGCUAUGCUAAACUAACUGACUGACUGACUGUAGCUUCGUAUUUUGUGUACAGACAGGACUGGUAUCAAUCUUCUUAUCUAACUCUUGGCAAGAAUGGGAACAAGCAUAUUUCCCAAAAUGUUGAACUAGUCCUUAUUAACUAAACAUCUGGAUGUUGUUUCAGCUGCUAUCAGGGUGUUGGGUACACAUGUAAAUGCGUUAUUUAUUUAUCCAGACGGGGUUUCAAUGCAAAACAAUUUGUGACUGGCGUUGUUUAAAUGGUUACUGUUGGUUACUGUAUGGCUGCUAACACCUGUGGACUGUUAUAACCUAAAAACUAGGAAGAUGGCCAACGGUUGUGUUGGUUUGACUGUUGGGAGUGAACUAAUGGGGAAAAAAUGUCUCUGGGGAUAGGUUGACCACUAUAUUAGUAUAAAUAUUUCCUCUAGAGUAGAUAUGUGUGUAUUUAUGGUCAGAGAUGACACACUUGUGCCAAAUCAUGAAAGAUUACUGUAAUUCAAUGUAUGACUCUUGUAUUGUGCCUGUUUCCUUGGUUGAUCCUAUACAGUAUUUCUACUGGGUGGUGGUCAUAAUAUAUGGAAACCUAUCCUGUAAAAGAAAUAACCCAUUUGCUUCUUUGAAGAAAGUCCAUAUUAUGUUCCAAAAAAUAUUUUUAUUGUGAAAUCUGAAAACAAAAUAAUCAGAUUUGUUUACAACACUUUGCUCUGUUCCUGCGUCACAUAAGUACCAGAAUUAAAAAACAUAAUGGGCCAUUCUUUCAGACAGUCUGGCGGAAAGGAGCAUGUUUUCAAGAUGUUUAGUGACCAUAUAGCUAAAUAACUACAAUAAGUAUAAAGUACUCAUUUAUCUCUGUUAGGAAUGGCUGUCCAUCCUGCUGUCCUUCCAAUGUAUGACUGCCCAAAUGUGUGCGCGCUGAACCAAUUAAGAUGAGCACUGAUUCUGAAAUAAAAGCUUUUUGUACUUUGUAGUCUCAAA